AUGAUCAGCCAUGCUCCUAUGCCCUCGGCAGGAAAGCCACCUCAACGUCGUCUUGCUCAAACUCCACAGAGCAGCAGCGCCGCCCGCAACAAUUCCAACAGUGGCAACGUCGUCAUCAACCCGCCACUUCAGCCAGCAACAAGACACUCGCCCUUGAAAACGGCCGCACCCUUCACAACCUCCUCACCUCUGACCCCUCUUCAGCCGGCGCAGGGCACAAGCAAAUUAAACAUGGUCUCCUUCCAUCCUCCAUUGGACACGAGCAGACCGACCGACUCGAUGCAGAAGAAGCAGCCUCUCAUGUCCCGGUUCAAGACCGUGGCCCAGAAGCUUCCAGUCGACGGCUCUGCUGUCGCAUACACGGGCAAGGAGAACAGCCACCCCGUGACCUUCCCGACACCAACAGGUAUUAACCUGUCCAUCGAGAGCUACUACCAAAAGGCACCCGGCAAACGCCUGCUCGAAGCUGCUACAAUCAAGGAUAGCCGACCUAUGAAGAAACCUCGCGUCGACGACGGUCCGCUCCCACCACAUGACUCGUUCCCUCCCAUCAUGGACGACGGCCUUAAACCAGGUCACAGCUACGCCAUGCUCAUUGGCAUGGCAAUUCUGCGGUCCCCAGCCCGCAAGCUGACCCUCUCUCAAAUAUAUAAAUGGAUUUCAGACACAUUUUCCUUCUACAGCCCCCAAGAUGCCGGCUGGCAAAACAGCAUUCGCCACAACCUCAGCUUGAACAAGGCCUUUGUCAAGCAGGAACGGCCAAAGGAUGACCCGGGCAAGGGCAACUACUGGGCCAUUGAACCGGGCAUGGAACACUUGUUCAUGAAGGAUAAGGGUGCCCGCAAGCCUUCCGGCUCGAGCGACAACCUUCAGGUCAUGUCGGCAGUGCUGGAGCCGUCUCUGCCGCCGAUGCCUUCAAGCUUCCACGAGCCGGUACUGCCGCCACACUUGCCGCCGAUGCCGCAAGGCUUGAUGGAACCCCAAGCUGCGUCUUCGUCGGCUGCCACGCACGUUGCCAAGCAGCCGGAGCUCUCGUCUGAUGCCACCAUUAUUGCGUCUGACUCGGGCGCGCCUGAGGAGCAGCAGUCGACUUCGGCCAGCGAGAAGUCCACGUCUGCAAUGCCAGAGCACACCGAUCCUGCAGUUCUUGACUCUUCUCUCUACUCACCAAUCCCUGCCGCCGCCCUGCAUUCUUCUCCCCCGAUUUCGAGACAUCAUGAAGCAAGUAGCGGUACUCCCCCACCUGUACCCCGAGCUCCCCUGGGCUCUUCCGCAAACAGAGCUCGGAAGCGGAAAUCAGCUUCGGUGGAUGACAGCGGCUACAUCUCGUCCCUGGAAUCGUCUGCGCUCAGGUGCAACCAGAACACCCGUCAUCUUCCAUCUGACGUCGACCGUUCGAGAAUCAAGCGGGGCCGCGCUGAGGAAGAGAUUGCCCGACUACGUGCAUCCUCCUACGAGAGCCCGACUAAGAACCGGUCUCGCAACGGAUACCAUCCAGCCUCUUCGUCGCCCCUCCGUCACAACGGUCACAACGAUAGCUGCGGUCAUAUGCUGCCACCACCACUGACCCCUGCGGUCAAGCUCAAGGCACCCCUCAAGCCUCCACCGUCAGUAUCGCCGAGCACAAACUUGCGCAUGCACCGCGAUAAGGUUCGUCACAUGCUCGCGUCUCCGCUGAGACGGAUGGCCUCGGCCGCAGACGACGGUCCUGGUUGGGGCAGCCCCACGGCAUAUGACGAGUCACUGUACAAUUUCACGGACGAAGCUGGCUUCUCAUUAGAGUCGGGCGGUUUGGGAAGUGCGUUUGAGAUAUUCCAGGACGACUCUCUUCCAAAUCUGUUUCCGUCCAUGAGCAAUGGAUCUCCAGUCAAGCCGCCAUCAGGCAGGAGAUUGCGCAUGGAUCGAUCCCAAUCAGCCAGCAUUCUGUCGGAAGUGACGAAUUCUGCACCGCGGCGGAGCAUCACGUCGGCUCCAUUCCUCAAGGUGCCUACACAGUCCCCUGGGCCAAACCUGGACACGCCGAGCAAAUUCUUUGACAACUUGCCCUCGUCACCAAGCAAGUUUUUCAGUCUCCAAUCGCCCUCCAAGAUGCCCUCUAGGUCCACGGCAGGGGCUCCUCUUGACUCAGGUUUGGGCGACGAGAACUCGUGCUUUGCUUUGGAUGAGUUUUGCACGCCUGAGUUCAUUCAGGACGUGGAUGAUUUUGGCGGCUUGGACAUUCUUCAGGGAUUCGAGAAGAUUGGGUCACAUUCGCACCUGUUCAACGCGCCCCCAACGCAGCCUCUGAUGCCGUAUUCGCAACAUCAACCACAGCAUCAGCGCCACCAACAGUUUCUUCACCAGUCCCGGUCACUCAAGGGGACACAAAAGCCUUCGCUUGGCCGCAGCUACACGACGUCUUUUUGA